AUUUUGUACUGCUCGAGUCACUCAUCCUUUAAGUGAGCAGGGUGGGGCUAGUUGCGCGUGCGCGGUUCUACUACUCCUCCCAAACUGCCAACUCUGCGCGCGGGCGAGGUAGGUUUGCCUUGCUUGGGUUCACGCGUGCGCCCUAACGGGCUUGGUCCCGGAAGACCAGACGCCUGCGCUGUGGGAACUACGGUGACAGUCCUCCGGGUGGGACGCAGGCCAAUCAUGGCGGAUACUUGGUCCGGGCAGUCCUUGCAAGCUCUGCCGGCCACGGUGCUAGGCGUCCUGGGCGCCCUGGGCAGCGAGUUCCUGCGGGAGUGGGAGGCGCAGGACAUGCGCGUGACCCUCUUCAAGCUUCUGCUGCUGUGGUUGGUGUUAAGUCUCCUGGGCAUCCAGCUGGCGUGGGGGUUCUACGGGAGUACGGUGACCGGGCUAUAUCACCGCCCAGGUCUGGGCGGCCAGAACGGAUCCACACCUGAUGGCUCCACGCAUUUCCCUUCGUGGGAAACAGCAGCAAACGAACCUCUCAAAACCCACAGAGAAUAAGGGAAGGCAGCAGAGGGGUCUCCAGGGACAUCACCGGGUCUGCUGGCUCCCACACUGGGUUCUGCUAACCAGACCCCAGGGAUGACUGCAGGGGGGUCAGGGAGUACUCCAGUGCUUGUCGGGGUGGGCCUCCACUGCCCUUGGCCUUUCCUCCAGCAGCCCCACGCACUAGGCCAGUAAAGAGCUUGCCUCAACCCUGAUCUGGGGGCCUUAGGAGAGAAAACAUGUUCCUCCCCUCUCAGGGGUCAGUUUAGGAGAAGCCUCUGGGUUGGGAAGGUCCAUUUUCUGUCUUGGCUUUUUCCUGUCCCUCUACCCAUCCCCCUGGGAUAUGACCCCAUAGAGAUUUGUCCGAGAGGAAGCCUGAGGUUGACCAGCUCUGGGAUUUGUAAGGGAAGUCUGUUUUCCCCUAAGCCCCAGGUUUCCUGAAUUUAGUUUUGCUUUGUUGGCAAGGAGCCAAGAAUCUUGGCCUGAACACAGCCUUAUACUCUAUGGCCACUUAGCUGGACAUCCAAGUAUAAGGCAGGGGGCAGCUGGCACCAUCCAGAUGUGGAGGUACUAAACACACACCUCCCUGGUGCAUCCAGAGCUCUCCAUGUGUGAGCCUGGCUGUGGAAGUUGUCUUUUCCCAAGCAUCAUACUCAUGUUCCUCUCAAUUCUUCUUGGAGGGAAGCCGGGUGUCUGAAAGAGGCUAAGCCCCAGGCGUGACCUUCCACCCCCACCACGUAAGUGCCCAUGGGGUUGUGGGUGUGAACCCUGCCCGCUCAGAUACUAAGCUGUUAGUGCAGAGCGGCCCCACCCUGCCCUGCCGCUUCAUCACUUGCCAUCUUGACCUGGAACCUCAGGAGCUUCAUUGUAAGAGCCCACGGGCUCAGCUGAUCCCCACUAGCACCAUCUCAGCCCCAAAGAACCCUUAAGAGGGAAGAGCCACUGGCUCGGCAGGCCUGCUACUUCCACAGUGGGCCAGGGGGGCUUCCAGAGGUGUGGGUAGCAAACGGCAGUUCCUGAAAGCAGUGCGGCCCUAGACCGGCCUCCUUCCCUGAUGGAUGUACUUCUGCCUGCUCCUGCUGGGCCACCAGCUACUUGUGUCCCGCUGCCUGCUUCCGCUCUGUUAGAUGUCACAUUUCCAUCUGGCAGCCUUUGCAGCAGAGGUGCACUGGAAACAGGAAUACCCAGCUCUUGCACAAGUACUUAGUCCAGAGUUAUCUUCUGGUUGGCAGGAUGGUGGUUUUGCGGCUCCAGGCCUAUCCACUGAUACCACACACAGAAUCAGGGUCUCACAUUCCACUCCAGGCUCAUUAAACAUGGCUUAUCAAACAUG